CCACACGCGCUACACCAGCGACCCCAGCAUCGCGCGCCUGUCCGAGAGGACCAUUAUGGAGCAGCCCGAGGACACAACACGGCCGGUCUUGGAUACCUUCGACUCGUCGGGCACCAACUCUAGUGGCAACGAUGUCGACGACUACGCCCCUGCCCAGGAAAGCUACAGCGAUAGCGAUGCUAUGUCGUCCUCUCGCCACUUCACGCCCGGCGGCAGCAGUGUGACAUAUGCCCAGGACGAAGUGACGCCCUUGACCAACGUCUCGACCUAUGGCUGGAGUCAACCGGGCUCGAAUACCGUGUCGCGAACGAGCACGCGAGGCACCAGUGGGUCCUCUGCGGCACCGCCAGUCACUCCAGGAUAUGAGGGCUUGCCACCCAACACAACGGCGGCCGUGAGUGCCUCGAGGAGGCCUGCGAACACGAGGAAAGAGAGCAGCAACAUAUACGCGCCCAAUCGAGGGCCUGCAAACUCCAUGCGCUACGCUCUGAACACCAAUACACGCCCUCGUAACGGAUCCACGCAUCGACGCAGAAGGAACCCCAACGACGAAUAUCGGGCGCAGGAAAAGGCGUAUGUGCAGAGGAUACGACAGGAUGCGCCGGACAACGACUUCUACACCGAGCCAAGGACGCCCAGUCUAGACUACAGCUCCGGCAGCGAGUCGGACGAGGCAAGCCCUACCAAUGCUAACCACAUUGACUACGAUCCCGCCGAGGUCGACACGUUGUUGUACUACGGAAAUGAGGACCUCGAGCCGUCCGUGGAAGAGCUUAACAUCCCUGCAAAUCGAGAACGGCUGGAAUGGCACGCCAUGUUGGCCAAUGUGCUCACAGGAGAUGUUGUGAAGCAAGAGAAGAAGCGUCUGAUUGGUGGUCCUGAACAGCAGGGCGAAAACACAUUGAAGACAGAGGUCUGGUUGGGGGUGCGAGCAAAGACAUGCGGUCGAUCAGUCGCUGCGCAGAGGCGGCUAGUCGAAGACGGCAGAUCCAAGGUCAAGCAAACGAUAGAAUCGAUCGUGGCCUUUGAGAUCAAGGGCGAAGCAGAAGUUGGCCAAUCUCCUAUGCAGCAAGUGCAGGAUGUUGUCAAAAAGAUUGAGAAGAUCGAAGGACUCUAUCCGACUCGGCAAGCCUUUGAGGCAGCACACCCCCGAGCUGCGUCCGCUGCAUAUCGAGACACAUGUGAUGCUGUUAUUGCUUGGAACAACACGACGGAGCUCAUCAACACCGAGCUGGGUAUCCUACAAAGGUGGGUCGGUAAUAUGGAGCUUGACUUCACAACUGCUCGCGAACGGCCGGAAGGGGAACAGCAUAACGAGCUGUUUGACGAUAGUUCUUUCAUUGAUCGCAUUCUCAAGGAAGACGGAUUGAAAUCUUUACAGGGAGACAAGAACCUUCUCAACGGCGUCAACACAGUCAUUCAUAAGGCCAAAGCUACGUUGAUAGCCAACGCCGAAGCCUUUUCAGACCGCCAUCUUCCUCCCUACAUUGAGGAAUUACUCACGCUCAUCAACUUCCCUAGUCGACUCAUUCAGGAGAUUAUCCGCAUGCGACUCUCUUAUGCUAAGAAGAUGAAAGACCCAGCACAGCAAGGUGUAAUGACUGCUGAGCAAAUGAUCCUGCAGUUCCAGAUCCUUCUUUCACUGGCAGUCAGGAUCAAGGAGGCAUACCUCGCGAUUGCUCAACCGGAAUCAGGCUGGGAUUUGCCUCCAUGCAUUGAUGAUGCUUUCGAUUCGGUCGUUCUCGAAGCCCUGAAAUUCUACUUCAGAAUGCUCAACUGGAAGCUGAUGGCAAACAAGAACACGUUCAAAGAAGCUGAGAUUCUCGAACAGGAGUGGGACUUUUCUAACGAACUCGGUCGUCACCUUGAUGGUGGUGAUGUGGAAGUCGCGGAGCAAUUCUCCAGCUUGACUUCCAAGUCGAUGGGCCGCUUAGCCACCCACUUUGAAAAGGAACUGCAAAGGCCCGCGGACGAGGUCGCCGGAACUACAGAGAUGGACAAGCGGUACAAGGCCAUUCUCGACUCUGUUCGUGUGAGACAGCGAAAGAUCUUUCGAUUCGGCAGGAUUCUCAGUCAACGUUUCGAGAAUGCCACCGAGUACAACAUCAACAUUGAGAACGAACUCUACGAAGACUUUCUCCUGGCGCUAAGGCUAUCUGGCCACUUCUUGGUGGAAACAAAUGCCGACGGCCCCCUUGCCGUGGCACCUGGAGAGACAGACAAGACUGGCGGCAAGGUGUACAUACUCGCUAGUCCAGUGCUAAGAGACCGACCCAAGGACAUCCAAAGCAUGCUUGGUACCUGCUAUCAUGCUGAAGACAGCCCCGAAGACCCUAGCAACCCCUAUGUCCUCAUUUUACGACCUGAGCUACCUCUGCUUUGGGAGGGUGACCGGAUGGAUACCUUUCAAUCCGGCAAGGAGAUCUUAAAAGUGCCCCAGACUCUCGACCUCAAGACUGGCCGUCUCCGAUUAGUCGCCGACGGGAGUCUGCAGCGCCUCCAAAAUGCCAAUAUGGCAUUCGCCGAUGCAACGGGCAACUUCGAGCUGACCGUCCUCGUUGAACAGCGUGCAAAUUUACCGCGUGUCAACCAGGAGCUGGCAAAGAUUCGGAAGACGGCGCACAAACUUUCCAAUACGAUCAUGGACUCUGUUGCAAUCGUCCGUUCACAGACUGAAGCUGCGGGCAGGAAGGGAGAGAGCCAGGAACUCAUCCAGAACUGCUUUGCGUUCGCCACUGAGUUUGGUCAACGCUCAGCCAUACAUAUGGACGCACAACGGCGUGCAGUUAACCAGCACAAGCUGACUAAGCUCGCACUUGACUGGGUGUCAUUUGUGUGCGAUGACUGUGUAGCAUCUGACCGCAAGACCUUCCGAUGGGCCGUAGUGGCACUGGAGUUUGCCAUGGUCAUGACAAGAGGCCAAAAUAUCCUGUCCAUAACUGACGACGAGUAUGCGCGGCUCCGAGCAAAGGUGGCAGGGUGCAUGAGUUUGCUCAUCUCCCACUUCGAUAUCAUGGGUGCCCGAGGCACGGUUGCCGCGCAAGCGGAAAAACAAAAAGCAGAUGCAAUGAUUGGUAAGCUUCGCCUCGACAUUGGAAGACUCAAGGAUGAUGAAGAGUCUUCACGCGUAGUACGUGCACAGUGGCUGGAUGAACUUGAAAAGCUCGAUCAACUCCGUGAAGACCGCAGAGCAGAACGACAGGCUUUGGGACGGGUGCUCGAAGACUCUAAUGACGCCGAUCGAGCUCUCACCCACCUCUCCGCUUCCGCUGGCAACGUGCACCUCCGAUGGCAACAAGGCCAAUUCGUGGGUGGCGGCACUUUUGGCAGUGUCUAUGCUGCCAUCAAUCUCGACAGCGGUCAUCUCAUGGCUGUCAAGGAAAUCCGUUUGCAAGACCCCAAACUGAUCCCCACGAUCGUGUCGCAAAUUCGAGAUGAAAUGGGCGUUCUCCAGGUUCUGGACCACCCUAACGUUGUUCAGUAUUUUGGUAUCGAACCUCACCGAGACAAGGUAUACAUCUUCAUGGAAUACUGUUCGGGCGGGUCACUCGCAGGACUUCUCGAGCACGGUCGUAUUGAGGAUGAGACAGUCGUGCAAGUCUAUGCUCUGCAAAUGUUGGAAGGUCUUGGCUACCUCCAUGAUGCCAACGUGGUGCAUCGCGACAUCAAGCCCGAAAACAUUCUCCUGGACCACAACGGUGUAAUCAAGUUCGUCGAUUUCGGUGCCGCCAAGGUCAUCGCUAAACAAGGCAAAACGGUCGUUGCCGACGGUCCUUCCGGUAACGGUCGCCAACGCUCUGUCCAAGGUACUCCUAUGUACAUGUCCCCGGAAGUCAUCAAAGGCGGCAAACACGGUGGUCGGCUGGGUGCCGCAGAUAUCUGGUCUCUGGGUUGUGUCAUUAGUGAAAUGGCAACGGGCUGCAGACCCUGGGCCAAUAUGGACAACGAUUUCGCAAUCAUGUACAACAUCGCCAACGGGAAUUCGCCCAUGACUCCCAACGCGGAACAGAUGUCGGAGGUAGGCUUGGACUUUUUGAAGAGGUGUUUUGAGAGAGAUCCGGCGAGAAGAGCGUCUGCGGCGGAGUUGUUACAGCAUGAAUGGAUCCAAGCUAUCAGGGUGCAACUGAGCCUGGAACAACCUGCCACUCCCCAAACUCCGUCUGUGAUGAGCGAGAACUCAUAUGGUGGGGGCUCGAUGACGCCGAGUAGCUCAGGCAGCUCGAGACAGUUCUAGAUGGGCCGUCGCGCAGCGAGCGAUGACAGGGACAAUGAAAAAGGUGGUACUGGGUCAUGCCCGAGCGAUGCUUCGGGCGCGCAGCGACCGACGAGGAGUGAAGCUGAUAAUGGUCGGCUGAAAAGAUAUAUCAGCCGUAACAGAAGUCAAAGUCCGAAGAGAAGAGUGUCCUUUUACAGCAACGCCACUCUCGAACGCCAAGAUGAGGAGGCUGAGAAGAGCGCUCCAGGUGCAGAGUCGCAGAUUUCGACUCGGAAGACAUUGGCGAGGAUGAAAACAGCAUCCAUGCCAUUGCAGCAGCUUACUGUUGGGGAGUCUUGUGUAUGGGACUCCAAAAUAACACCACCUACACCACCGGAGGAAAAGGAAGAAUCUACAGCGAGCAUAUGAGGAUGAGCGAGCCCCUUUGUUUGUGCUCGUUUUGCUCCUAAGAUACGACCGGAUCAUCAUAAUGGUCAUUCACAUUCACGGCGGGCGUACUUUGUGGAGGCUGAGGCUGAUGGACGGUGUUCGGCCCUCAAAAAUCUUUAUCAUUACACCGAUUGACAGACGAUACGUGUGCAUAUCACAGACCUAUUUUUAGAUAACCUUCAUGUCUGCUUCUUCUU